UCGGUUAACACAGCAGGGUGUAUAAACCUUUGAGAGAAACAAAACAUAAUUAGUCAAACUUUUGAUUGUAGUUGAAAGUAAUUUGGCUGUUAUUUUUGGUAAAACGAACGACCGUUCCUCUUAAUGGAUUAUAAUGAUAAUAUAUCAGAGAGCCCCAUUCCUCGUAUUGGAUAAUAGUGAUAAUAUUUCAACAUAUUUUGGUAGCUGGGUACAAGGGAUUGCACACAGGUGUUACAAUUACAAAGCUUUUAUUCAUGAGGAACUAAUUAUAUUAAACACCGUCCAGCCGUACAGCAUGCUUCUGACUUCGACUCAUUAACUUAAUAAGCAAGUAUGUCAAUUAACAAAUAGCUGCUAAAUGGUAUCUGUCACACCAAGUUAAUUAUACAAUGAAAUUUUUGCACCGUCUGUAUAAGAUCAUGUCACCAAUAGUGAGUAAGAAGCCUGUCUAUGUCUACAACGGGGAAGGCUGUGGUGAGACAUCGUUGUCUAUGUUAAUGGAAAGUUUAACCUCUUGUCUCGACUCCAGAGUUCAUGAUGUCCAGAUGAUAUCAGCCGAAAGUAUAAUUAAAGGAUCUUGGGCCAAAGAUGCUGCUGCCAUUUGUUUUGGUGGUGGUUAUGACCUUGGAUUUAUGCGGGCACUUGGCAAGUUGGGAACGAAGAAAAUCCAAGACUAUGUCCACCAGGGAGGUUCAUAUCUCGGAAUCUGCGCCGGUGCCUAUUUUGCAUGUGAUGCUAUCGCUUUUGAUAAAGGUGGACCAAUGGAAGUGGUGGGAGAGCGACACCUCAAGUUUUUCCAUGGUAGGUACUGAGUUAUUCACUAAGAA